AUCAUCAGCUAGUGUAAAUAGGGAGUAGAUAUGGACGAACGACUUAUAUCCGUCGCCAGCCUUGAGAAUGCUUGGGCUAGGCUUUCGGCUAAUCCUGAAUACCAGCGCGCUGUAACAACGUUUUUCAAGGCUCCAACGUUUUACCUGACGUUUUCUGGGUUGUAUGCUGGGACAAGCAAGGCAAGCAGAAAGCGCGCAGUAUAUUGCAGUAAAGCGUGCGGCGAGAAUGUAUCGCGGGAGCUGGUGGCUCACUUGGGCUCAUUGCUCGUUACACAAGCACCGGUUGUGGAUAUCUUCGCAGAAGAUGUGGAGGAACUCCAGCCACUACAGCUACAAAGCGCUGAGGACGUGAAAGCCCUGUUCAAGGAGCUCAAGCGCGUAGCUCGGCACCACAGACAGAACAGGCAACUCGCAGCAGCUCAGCUGCUGCUGCUCAACGCCCGCCGCUGGACGACACCCUUCCAACCCAACCACCACUACGCAUGUGGCGCAGCACAACUGGAAGUGUCAGCGGCCCCCGGGGGUGCAGCAGUAGCAGUUACUAGAGAAGCGGUUGACGUUGGUUGCUCCGGUGUUUCUGCUAGUUGCGCGACGGCAGAGGAGGGGCAGGGGCACGGAGAAGGCGGGCUGUCGUUGUUGCAUUCGCACCCGCUGCCAGGGUCAGCGGUCUGGGACGCGGAGGAAGGCGCCGGGGAUGGCGCUGCUGCUGCUGCUGCUGCGGUUGCGUCCGCAGCUGCCGGGGAGGUGCUUGCAUCAGCCAUGACAACGCUACGCGUGCUGGGCACCAGCAGAGGGGGUGCGGACGCGGCGGACUCGGUGCCUGCAAUGGGCCCCACUACACCUCGUCCUGCGGCCCCCGCCGCCUCCUCCGCCUCAGCCAUGGAGGCCGGCCCAGGCCCUUCCUCAGCCGCAAUCGCCUCCCAGGGGCCUGCUGGGGCCGGGGCCGUUGCGGUCACCGCCGCUGCCCCGCUGCCCGCCCACCCGGCAACAGCCGGAGCGCAGCAGGAGGGGACGGACGGGUCGGGGUCCCUGUCCCACUGCGGCGGCGCUGACAGCGGCGAUGACGGGGGCGGCGGUGGCGGCAGUGCGGGCGGCGGCGAGGGCGUGUUGGUGGUGUGCUGCAGCAUCGACCUGGAGUGGUGGGAGCGCGACAGCUCCCGUGUGACGGAGAUCGGGUGGACCAUGUGGGACAACCUCACGAGGCAGCUGCAGUCCAGGCACCACAUCGUGUCGGAGCACGAGGCGCUGGUCAACCGCAUCCACGUGCCCGACCACAAGCACGACUUCCUCUUUGGCGCCAGCAGCACGGGGCCGCUGGCGGAGGGCGCGGCGGCGCUGCAGCGCGACCUGCAGCACUACGGGGCGGGCGUGUGGGCGGCGUGGUGCGCCUCGCAGGGGCAGCAGCAGGGGCCGCAGCAGGGAGGGGAGGUCGGCUGCUGCGGUGCGGCUGGGAGCCCCCUGCCUCCGGCGCCGCCCAUGCAGCUGGUGGUGGUGGGACACGGCCUGUCUGGCGACCUGAAGGCGCUGUCGGGGCUGCUGGGGGUGGUGCUGCCGCCCGGGGCCGCCAUCCUGGACACGGCGGACCUAACCUGGGCGGCGCUGGGGGGCGGCACCGGCCAGGAGCGCACAGCGAUAAGCCUUCGGCUCUUGCUCAAGACCUUGGGCAUUCCGGCGACAAUGCUGCACAACGGCGGAAACGACGCUCGGUACACAAUGGAGGCCGCUCUGGCGCUUGCUGCGAUUGAGCCCAAUCCUGUUGAGCAGUAACUGGACGAGAUGCGUGCCUACUAGCCGCUGGACGCGUUGGGCGCGCUAACUGUUGAGUGCAGCUGGUGUUGUCAUUUAUAUGGAGCCUUUAUUGAGUCUAGUCUUGGGACACUUGCACUCCUUUCCUUUGGAGCAACAUCGUGCUAUGCCAGGUGAUUUCGGAAUGCUCGUUAUUGGACCUGUCCGUGUGUACGAUGGAUCCAAUAACGCAACCGCCGAUUGAGGCCCACCCUUUAUUCAAUUGGCACACCUCAGACGCGGAAUGGAUUGUAUGUUUGUAUUUUGUCAAUCAGCGUAGGACGUUUUGCCGAUGGGACGAUGACAAUGUCAAUUUCCGAGGGCUAGUGUUUCUGGUUGAGAGCGCAGCCAAGGAACUUAAAGCAGGAUGCUAAAUCCUAAAACAAAUACAACCACUUGUGGAUCGCUAUUUUGCUCUUUGCUAGCACUCGCAGCUUGCUUUCUGCUGCUCCUAUGGGCACGCGGGCCCACCAGGGCGGAGUACGUUGCCGUAAUUGACUGCGGGAGCUCUGGCAGCCGUAUGUAAGCUCUGGGGCUACGUCACGGACACUUCUGCAAGG